AUGUCUGACUUCACCUCCCGUUUCACUUUCACCAUUUACACCCAAGGUUCAUCAACUUAUGGGCAUGGGGUUGCAUUCUUCCUUGCUCCCGUGGCAUCUCAAAUCCCACCAAAUUCAGCGGGUGGUUUUUUAGGCCUUUUUAAUACUACAACAUCUGAUUCAUCUACGAAUCAAAUAGUUCUGGUGGAGUUUGAUACUUUUCCAAACCCUGAAUGGGAUACUUCAGUUGAACAUGUGGGGAAAAAAACAACAACUCCAUUGCAUCAGCUGUCUACACACCUUGGAAUGCUAGUUUUCACAAUGGAGGCUCUACCUGAGUGGGUCGUGGUUGGUUUUUCAGCUGCCACGGGUCAGAAUAUAGAACGACAAACGCUGCAGUCAUGGGAAUUCAGUUCAAGUCUGGAUAUAAAGAACACAAUUAGAAAGAACGCAAAAGUAACUAGCAAUAGAGAGUGCCCGCACUAUGCUGCGGGUGUGUAA